GCAGUUGUUGUCGAUGCUGUCGUAUCACAGGCGAAUCAGAAAAUCAAUUAAGUUAUGAAAAAUAUCGUUAAUUGCCUUUCUUUGUCGCCGCAGCUCGUGAAGAAAUGGCGGAUCUCCAGAUGUAGAACGCUUGAGGGAAAAUGCCUGCCAUCUAAUGGACUGCUCACCGACGAUAUAAACCGUCUCAGUCGACAAGAUUAUUUACGUUGUGUAGAUGAAAACGAGCUGAUGGUUGCGAAGGUCUGCGACAAGACGGACAAAAAGAGAGGCUGUCUGGAAGAUGCCAAGAAAAAAACAACAGAAUCCACAGCCUGUCAAGUUGGAUUCUGAAGAUGGUGUAGCCGUUGAAGCUCCAGGAAACCUCCCCUUAGAUACCGACUUCCUUCUUGGACAAGACCUCGUGUUUGGUGAUCCAGAUCACGACAAGAUUCUAAGCCUGGAAAAGUUUUCAGAAGUAGCUGCUGAAAUCGGUUUCUCUGUGUGUCCUCUGGGUGAUGAGGAGGGUUCUGCCUACAGCCAGCUCAGUAUGGAAAGUAAAACAGACGCCUCGCUCGGCACGGCUGACAACAGGAGAGACAACGAGAGCAGAGCAGCUCGGUCCGAACCGAGUUUUCCUCCUUACCUGUCCUGCAGGGGCUGUGGACAGCUCCGUGAUGAACCGCUUGGACCUGGCAUAGACCUGGUGGGCCCGUACUGUCUUAGGUGUUGCAAAGCCUCCAGGGAGGCCAAAAGUGCAGACUUCUGUUCCCCCUUCGAGAGCGGUAGUGGACUUCGCUCUGGUUCGCAGAGUCAUACAGACUCCCAGUCUGAUAGUGAGGGGUUGGACGAGUCGGGUGACAAGGAUGAACUGUCUGCUGAUGACAAGUUGUCCAAGCAGCCCUCGUGUCACCUCUGUGGCUUCUCCUCGCGUUACGCCAACCACGUGAAGCGCCACAUGAAGACCCACAACGGGGAGAAGCCCUUUAACUGCUCCAUGUGCACUUACGCUUCCGCCCAGCUGGUGAACCUGCAGAGACACCUGCGCAUCCACACGGGGGAGAAGCCCUAUAAAUGCGACAGAUGCGCAUUCGCCUGCAGUUCCCUAGGCAAUCUCAAGAGGCACCAACGCAUGCAUGUGCCCUCUGCGUUGUUGGGACAGGAGGCUCUGACACAACCUGCCUGUGCUCAGAACAGCCUGAAGAGGCCCGUGAGCGAGCAAAGACCUGAUGAGGAAGUGCCUAGUGCUUCAGUUUCCGAGGGUGCAAGGCCGACGCCUAACCUCAGUUUGGGAGCCCAGAACAGUGACUACCUGUCAGUCUUUGACGGCUUAAAGGGAGCAUCGCCUCCACCCAUACCUGCCUCCAAUCCAGCUUCGGGCCACCAGCCUUCCCCCCUGCUGGAGAUGACGGGCAGCAGUAGCAGCAGUAGCAGCAGGACUCCAAGAAGCGGCGUGGCAGAAGGUGCCUCUCUCCCACCGUCCCUGUUUCCCUUCACUUGCCGAUUGUGUGGCGUCGUCCUGGAAGAUGAGGACGGCUCCUCAGCCCAGAUCUGUGCCAAGUGCACCCUUGAAAUGCUGACUAAAGACUCGUCGUCAUCUCCGAACAGCCCCGGCGAGCGCAGCGACAAGGUUUACACCUGCGCCGCCUGCCCGUUCCUCACACACUACCCCAACCACCUGGCCCGCCACAUGAAAACUCACAGCGGCGAGAAGCCCUACAAGUGCCCGCAGUGCGACUACGCCUCCGCGCACUUCGACAACCUCAAACGCCACCACCGAGUGCACACGGGGGAGAAGCCCUACAAGUGCCACCUGUGCGACUACGCCUGCGGGAACCUGGCCAACCUGAAGCGGCACCAGCGCGUGCACUCGGGCGCCAAGCCCUUCCAGUGUGCCGUGUGCAGCUACAGCUGCAACCAGAGCAUGAACCUGAAGCGGCACAUGCUUCGGCACACCGGGGAGAAACCCUACAAAUGUCAGGAGUGUGGCUACACCACCGGACACUGGGACAACUACAAAAGACACCAGAAGAAACACGGCGUGGCCACAGACGGCUGGGUCAAAGUGCCGAUGAUCGGACAUGAUGCAGAGGAAGACGUGAGGAAACGGAUGGGAGGUGGCAUUCAGAGUCACAGAAAGGAGGCAGGAGCCGGUAUACAGUACAUGCCCAGAGAUGGGGGUCAGGCAAUACAUUCAAACUACAAACUUGAGAUUGCAUAAUUAUAACAGAAACACUGAGCUACCAGCAACUUUUUAAUUUUUUUAUUUUUAUUUUUUUGUUUAUUGUAACUGAGCUGUUGUCUGGUUUUCAUUUGUGUCUCUGUGUUCCGUCAGAAAUCUUCUGAGGCUGCUAAUUGUUUUGUCAGAAUUAAGACAAUUCUCGUUUGUUUUGUCGCCUUUUCGGGUUAAAUACUGCGGAGGUCUUCUCUGUUUUCUGUUGAGGUAAAUGGACCUCGCUGAAAGCUUAUUGUUUAAAAGGCAUCAUGCCAGGCUUCCUAAAUCACAACACCUGCACAUUUCAGUCUAAAAUGAGAGAUACUAAGUUCUUGUCAUGCUAGGGAUGUAAUGUGUAGUUUAUGUUUUUAAUACAUUUAUAAGAAAUUGUUUUAUACAGGUUUAUUAAAGUUACAAGAUUUUUAUUAGUUUUUUUUUUUUUUUGCCAACAGUCAAUUAUUUCAAUCCAUCUUCUACUUGUAUUUUACUUUUUUUGAUUAAAACUACUGUUUACAGUUUUUGGAAGCUGUGUUUUAUGGCGUUGUUUAUAAGUAGUGAGUAUCCCACCUGCAGUAGACAAGUCAGAAUCACUAAGAAACUUUUGUAGAAGUCAGACUAACAGCUCCUGGUUCCUUUUCCAGAGUGGAUUUCAGUCAUCUCAAACAAAUCGAAGCUGUUCCAAACGAUGCCUUUUUUAUUGAUGUUUUUACACUUUUUGCAGCAAAAAAAAUAUACGGAUCUUUUGAACAUUUAACAAUGGAACAUGUUCAGUGUAAAUAACCAAUGGCAUCAAUGUAAAUCAAAAUGUAAGUAUUUAAACCUGCAGAAGGUUGUAAAGUUUGAGUUGGUUCAGAUGGCUAACACUCUGGUCAGUUCUGUCUUCUGCAGGUAAGAUACUGACUCCUGAUAACCACUCCACAUAAUUUUUUUUUAACAUUUGGUUAUGUUUGAAAUAUGUGCAUAUUACCACAUUUCUUGAACUACACAGUGCAGCUUUAAGCAAAGUUCUUCAUAAGGAUCCAAGCUCUGCUAAUGCCUUUGCAUUAAUGUACUGUAUGUAAUACUAAGUGCUAUUUAAUAGUACUUUAAAAGUUUUGGACUUGAUUAUAUAAGUAAUUUAAACUCUGAUGCCCACACUUGAAUAACUCAGUUUUUAACCUUUUUUUUUUUCUUAAACUCGAUACUUCUGAGUCUUGAUUUGUGAUUUUAAAAUAUGGGCAAAAAGGGAAAAAAAUAUUAGGAGUUCUUUAACUACAAAGACUGCAUGCUAAAGCUUAACUGUGUUCAACAUGUAAACCGCCAACAUUUUCAAACUACUGGAAGACUUUUUUUAAACAUUUUAUAAAGCAGACUGAGAUAUGUUUGAGACGGUUUAAUGCACCACAACAAAACAACUGGCACAUUUUUCAGGUUGAAAAUAUGACAUCCGUGCCUACAGCUUACAACGUUCAGAGUUGACGCGAGCUAAAAUAACGUUCAGUUAAACGUGUGACUGUCAGAAAUCAGAGAAAUGGAUCGAUGUGUCAAUGAUUGAAAUCUGAGUGCCAACUGAUAUCACAUAGGUGCUGCAGCUCGUUCUCAUUUCUUCAGCUGACAUGAUGGGACUGUUAGAUGUGCGGCUAAGUUCAGGACCGCAGACCUGAACGCAGUGUUUUCAUCCUGAUUUAGUCACUGACCUCCUUCUCUUAUUAGUCCUUAAUGUUGUUUUUUGUUUUCUUGCAGAAGCGUCGCCACAACUUGUUCUUGUUUAUGUGCUCCAGUUCAUGUUUUCAGAGUCUGAUUGACUGUUUAUCUGAGAUUUUUUUUGAUUUCAUCCUGUUUCUCUGUCAAAUAGUUAAAACUAUGUAUCAAACAAGUUAAAUAUAUCUAAAAAUGACAAGUAUAUAUUUUGCCAGUCCGUUAAACUAUAUUUUGUUUUGUCGGCUGUGAUUCUAAGGCCGGCUGCAGCACGUCACGGUUUCUUUCUGUAAGGGUUCCUGUUCUUUUGAGUUGUGUACUUAUUAAGAUGCAGAAAUAACCAACAGAUACAGUAAAUUGUGAAUUUAUUUCAAGAGAAGUUGAAAAAAUGUCUAGGCGGUAAAAAUUAUCUGAUGGUUCCAAUAAAAAAGCACAACAGUGACAGGUUUGGCAUUUAAAAGUUGAAAUAUAUAUAUAUAUUUUGUUCAUGACUUGCUUAAAAUGUUUGUUUUUCUCACACAAACUUGUACUCUUAUUAUGUCAGUAUUUUUUUAAGUUUUAUAUCAUAAAGAUUUUGUCUUUUUUUAACGCUUUUUAAAGGGAGACUGUUGAACCACCUCUGCUUUGAUUCCAGCUAACAUUUACUGUGAACUUGUUUUUGUUAACUCGAAAAGAGAUUCAACUGUUAGUCAGCAUGUGAACAAGUAGGUUUUCCAUCGCAACGCACUCGUAGAGGUGCGUAUCAUUGGAGCGUGUGCCGUGUCGUUCAGCUGCCAUGAUCAGAAAGUUCCAAACUGUGAUUUAAAAAUCAGCCUUUGUGCAGGACGAUUAUAUGCAAGGGAGACAUUUGGCAGGUCUGGGUCACGGUGGAGCAUCGAUCCCAUAUCUUUUUUACAGCACGGAUGCCCUGCAAGUGGCCGGUUGUGUCUUUAUGCAGUGUCUCAUAAAUGCCUUAAACGAGGAAAUAAACACAUGGCUUUCAUGUCAUUUGAUGUCAGA